AUGUAAACUGGUUUACCUACUAAGUUAGUUCCUUUGAAAUGGGUUGUAAAAUACAAUCCUGCAUAAAUUGGACUUGUAUAUAAAUUAAAUGAAAAAGAUAAAAAAAAGAGACUUUAUAUCAUAGAUUUGAAUGAUUUAGUUAUGAACCCUGACUGUGAAAAGGUUGCAAAAAGAUUGUUCUUAGAACAUCCACUUUACCUCAAUAAAAAUGUUGUAUCAAUUUAAUAAGUAGCUCUUCUUGUUCAUAGAAUCCAACAACAACUUAAUUUAGGAGAUGACCAUUAUGAAGGCUAUGAAUCUAAUUAAAAGUAUGAUCAUCAGGAUUAAAAUAAGCAAAAUUACAACGAAAAUGAUUUCUAAAAUGAGUAUGCUGGUUAUGAAGAAAUAUCUGAAGACAAUGAAUAUCCAUGA